GGGGGGGCAAAAGAAAGGCGGAACAUCACGAGUCUCUCAUUGCCUUUUGAGGAACCAUUUGAUGGGCCUAUUAACUUUCAUGUAACAGUGUUUCUUGUCGGCAUCUACAGCCUGUGUGCGCGCGCGCUCGCGCACGCGCGUGUCAUUAUGUGAGAAAUGGGCUUUCAUACUCGGUGUCUUUUACACAAGUCCUGGAAGGCACAUACACGGUGGGCGCUGCAAAGACGGCGCACAAGCGACGUCAACUCCGGUUUUCGAGGCGGAUGGAUUGCGGUGAGUCACAUUUAGUGAGAACAAGCAGAAUCGUGGUGGGAUUGUUCGGAUGCAUUGCGAAUCGUCUCGAUUUGGGCGUGAUACGGCGCCUGGCUUGACGUACGAGUGACUAACAAGCUUGGAAAUUGAGCGUAAUUUGCAACAACGCGGCAGGAAAUGAAGCCGACAUGGCAAAUCGGUCGAAACGCCUCGCGCGAAGUGUAAAGAAGACAUUCCAAACGGUUGUCGAAAGUCCAACGGGUGCUAUCUUGAAGUGUGUCGCUGCGGGCACCUUGCAGGACCUGCGGCGAUCCAUUCAAGCCAGCAAGUUUGGGGAGCGUGUUGACUUGAAUCAAUUCAGAACGUCGCGAUGGAGCCGAACUCACUCAAGUGGGUGGGCUCGUCUUGCGGCUUACACGGACCCUACAUUUUUUACAAAGCCUUCAAAUUCACGAGCCGGGACGCGGAGGCUCGGAUCCUGUCGCUGGGGGACUUUUUCUUGGUGCGCUGCAAGCCGGACGAGCCCGUGUGCGUCGCCGAGCUGCAGCUUCUCUGGGAGGAGAGGACGAGCAGACAACUUUUGUCCAGCUCCAAACUUUAUUUCCUACCCGAGGACACUCCCCAGGGACGCGGCGUCUCCCACGGAGAGCACGAGGUGAUCGCCGUGUCCGAAAAGGUGAUCGUGCGCCUCCGGGACCUGGUCAAGUGGACGCUGCCGGACUUCUCGGGAUGGGCCCACGGUCUGAAGGCGGAGCCCCUCCAGGCCUCGGCGCUCCGCCAGCUGGGUACCAACGGGCGCCGCGAGGCCCUCCAUCGCUACCGCCGGAGCACGCUCACCAGCGGGCUCAACUUCAAGGACGUCCAGCGGGAGCGGGCCAACCUCGGUCAGGAGGAGGACGGCGGGAAGGUGCUGGUCCUCAGCUACCCGCAGUACUGCCGCUACCGCUCGGUGCUGCUGCGGCUGCGGGGGCAGCCCGGCUCGCUGCUGCUGGACCGCACGGUGCUGGCGCUGGGCGGCGUGGCGGCGCCGGGCGCCGACACGCGCGUCCUCUACUGCCGCGACACCUUCGAGCAUCCCGCGCUGCUGCGCAACGAGAGCGUCUGCGACCGCUUUGCUCCCAACCUGAAGGGGCGACCCCGCAAGAAGAAGUUGUCGGGCUCGCAGCGGAGGGACUCGGCGGCCCGCGCGCCGCUCGCCGCCCGCGACGCCAACGGCCCGGAGACCAAAAGUUCCUCCAAGGCCAGCUGCCGAACGUUGAGCUCCGCCCCCAAAAACAAAGCCGGCGGGAAGGAGAAGGACGCGGCGGAGGAUUCCUUCUCCUCGACGGCUUCCCCGGAGGAGGAGGAGGAGGAGGAGGAAGAGGACGACGAGGAGGAGGACGAGGAGGAGGCGGAGGAGGCGGCGGAAGCGGCCGAGGCGGCGGCGUCCUCGUGCGAGGAGAGCCGAGAGGACGAGCAGGCCUUCCUGGUGGAGCUCUACAAGUUCAUGAAGAAGAGGGACACGCCCAUCGAGAGGAUCCCCUUCCUGGGCUUCAAGCAGAUCAACCUUUGGACCAUGUUCCAAGCCGCGCAAAAGCUGGGAGGAUAUGAACUGAUCACGGCGCGGCGGCAGUGGAAGCACGUGUACGACGAACUGGGCGGCAACCCGAGCAGCACCAGCGCCGCCACCUGCACGCGCCGCCACUACGAGAGGCUUCUGCUCCCGUACGAGAGGCACCUGAGAGGCGAGCAGGACAAGCCCCUCCCGCCGGCCAAGCCCCGCAGCCAGGAGAAGGCGCCGUCGGCCAAGAAAGCCAAGGGCAAGCGGGCGGCCCGGAAGGAGCGCGGCGAGGCGGCCGGGGGCCGGCCCCCGUCACAGGACCCCGCGGCGAAAGGCGAAGCGGCCGGCGAGCCGGAAGCGCUGGCCGCAGAGGAGGCCGUCGUCGUCCGAGAGGAGGAGCUUCACUUGACGCUGAGGAAAGAAGAGUCGUACGGCGGGCGGACGCCGGGCCGCAAAGAGGGCGGCCCCGGAGAAGCCCCGCCGGCCCCCCGGCCCCUCGUCGUGGCGCUUUGGCCCGAGUGGAGACGGAUGGGCGGCGAGACGGAGGCGGCCCAAAGCUCCUACGUGGCGCCGCCGGAGUCGGAGAGCCGCGGCGGGAGAGCGUGCAAACGGGACAGGCGCUCCCCGGACUGGAGCGCCGAUCCCUCGGCGGGGAAGGACGACCACGGCGCCAUUCGGACGCAGAUGGCCGCCGACCGCAAAGUCGCCCGAGGCGUCAUGUCUCCACUGGCCAAAAAGAAGCUCCUCUCCCAAGCGUGCGAGUCGGCGUCCUUCACCGUGGCGGCGUCGUUGGCUCGGCCGGCCCUCGCCCUCGCGCCCGAGCGAGACGCGGACGCAGGCGAGCGGGAAGCUCGGUGGCGGCACGAGUCGGACGGCGUCCCCGAGGCGGCGCCUGUGAUGUCGCGGCCGUCGGUCAUCCGCCACGCGCAGAGCAGCAGGCCGCCCCCGGCGGCGGUGGCGGAGAGGAGUGGCGGCCGCGUCCUGCAACCUCACGUCGGCGCCCCCUGGCAGCCGUAUCUGCCCAGGACGCAGGAGAGCGCCUCGGAAAAGCUCCUGCGGGCGCGGGGCUUCGCCGGCGACCGCUACUCGUCGCUGCACCUGCACGGCCUGUACAGGCAAACGGAGAACUGCCAGCUGAGCGCCUACGCCGACGAGGCGGGGCGGGGCUUUGUUGGCCCCGAGCGGGAAGGCCAGAGCGGCGAGGACCAGGACCAGCCCCGGGAUUUGACGCUGUCCAAACGGCUCUGCCGGCAAGCCUUGGCCUGCGGCCUCCCCUACCCCAAGGCCUGCAGGGUCCCCCCCGUGAGCAUCUCGCCGCCCGUCGCCGCUGGCGAAUCCUCGCCCGAGCCGUCCCCGCCCGGGCCGGUCCGGCCCGGCAAACGAAGCCUCGGCGAGGCGGGGGGCGGGGGGGAGCCGGCCGAGAGGAAGGUCCGCGCGGUGGCGCCCCUCCACCCGGCGCCCGCCGUCCGACGCGGCGACCCCGAGGAGCUGCAGGCGGCCGAGCCGGCCCGCGCCGCGCACCUGACGGACGGGUGCCUCCCCGGGGGCCACCCGGCCGGCGCCUACCCGCCGCCCCGGGCCGCCCCCCUCUACGCCGGCAUGUACCCGCCCGGCGGCCCGCUGUCGCGGGACGGACUCGGGCGCCACCCGGGCCUGCAGUACCUGAAGAGCCAGUCGGCCGCGUCGCCCCUGGUGCCCCCCCUGGCCUUCCACUCGGCGCUGCUCCACGGGCAGCUUCUGGCCUCGGCGGCGGGCCCGCACCACUUCUUCAGGCACCCGGGCGGGGCGGCCCUCUACGGGGACCUGCUGCACCACUUGUACCCGCUUUCCACCCUCCCUCCGCCGCAGCUGUCCUCGGUACACCCCAGCACCAGACUGUGAGGGCCGCCACCCCCCCGUCGCCGAGCAAAGGCGGCGGCCCCGUCGCCGGAUGGGCCCGGACCGAUUGUCAAACUCUUUUGCGAGACAGACGCACAAAUUGCAUUUCUAUCGAUCUGUAUCCAGAUCCAGAUCCAGAUCCAGAU